UGGCUCAGUUGACGCCUGUUUUCCACACAACCAGCUGACCAGCUGAAUCGGAAUAUUAAAUUAUACAUUUUCUUUAAAAUCUAAAAGUAAAUUUCAUAUGUUUUCAUAGCCUUUACAAGAUGAUUUGCCUUUCGCGUCUGGGCGUUUUGAACUUGCCUAGUGUGUGGCCACCCACAAGAUUCACAAAGUACGAUGAACAGGAGGCAGCCACCAGGAGAGAACUGCAGACCCACCAAAGACCAUUGCAGUGCUAUACCAAAAGGGGCUACAUCAAAUGGUUCGGACGGAUGAGCCACUGCCGCCAUGUUCAGGGCAGAAUGUAUCCCUAAAUUAUGGGACUCAGAUUAAAGACGUUUUAUCUUGUUGGCUGCCGUAGUCACCCCUCCGUUUCCUUUUUAUGGGCAUCCAUUGAUGAUUGGCAAUUAAAAUAGCAUCUGGUGCAUGGACCAGCUCACGUCAUGCCUCAUGCCACGGAGCCGAAUGCAGUGACCCAUAUUCGGUGGUGGCUCAGCUGGGAGCCGGUUCCCGAUUGCCGAUCAUCGAUCGUAUGUUGGUCAGUGGUGCAGUAGUGCAGUGGUGCAGUGGUGCAGGCGGCGGUGACAUGGCAAAUGGCUACCAGUUCGGUUACUGUCCUAUUUUCUUCAAAAUCUAGACUCUUUCGCUUUCCUCGUUUCGCCGCAAAGUUUGUAGUAUCUUGGCCACAGGCAAAUUAGUCAAAUGGUAACAAUUAUAUAAUAAUCUAGUUA